GGUCCGCGAGGCCCCGCUCACGCAGUCGUCUGGACGAGGGAAGAUGGCGGCCGAGAGGGAACCUCCUCCGUUGGGGGACGGGAAGCCCACCGACUUUGAGGAGCUGGAGGACGGAGAGGACCUGUUCACUAGCACUGUCUCCACCCUGGAGUCAAGCCCGUCAUCUCCAGAACCAGCUAGUCUUCCUGCAGAAGUUAUUAGUACAAAUUCCAGUGGUCCAAAACCCACAGAAGUUGUGCUAGAAGAUGACAGAGAAGAUCUUUUUGCAGAAGCCACGGAAGAAGUUUCUCUGGACAGUCCAGAAAGGGAACCUAUCCUCUCUUCAGAACCUUCUCCUGCAGUCACCCCUGUCACUCCUACCACACUCAUUGCACCCAGAACUGAAUCAAAGAGUAUAUCUGCUCCUGUGAUCUUUGAUAGAUCCAGAGAGGAGAUUGAAGAAGAAGCAAAUGGAGAUAUUUUUGAUAUAGAAAUUGGUGUAUCAGAUCCAGAGAAAGUCGGUGAUGGCAUGAAUGCUUACAUGGCAUACAGAGUAACAACAAAGACUUCCCUUUCCAUGUUCAGUAAGAGUGAAUUUUCAGUUAAAAGAAGAUUCAGUGACUUUCUUGGCUUGCAUAGCAAAUUAGCAAGCAAGUAUUUACAUAUUGGUUAUAUUGUGCCACCAGCUCCAGAAAAGAGUAUAGUAGGCAUGACCAAGGUCAAAGUGGGUAAAGAAGAUUCAUCAUCCACUGAAUUUGUAGAAAAACGGAGAGCAGCUCUUGAAAGAUAUCUUCAACGAACAGUAAAACAUCCAACUUUGCUACAGGAUCCUGAUUUAAGGCAGUUCUUGGAAAGUUCUGAGCUGCCUAGAGCAGUUAAUACACAGGCUCUGAGUGGAGCAGGAAUAUUGAGGAUGGUGAACAAGGCUGCCAACGCUGUCAACAAAAUGACAAUCAAGAUGAAUGAAUCGGAUGCAUGGUUUGAAGAAAAGCAGCAGCAAUUUGAGAAUCUUGAUCAGCAACUUAGGAAACUUCACGCCAGUGUUGAAGCUCUGGUCUGUCAUAGAAAAGAACUUUCAGCCAACACAGCUGCCUUUGCUAAAAGUGCUGCCAUGUUAGGUAAUUCUGAGGAUCAUACUGCUUUAUCUAGAGCUUUGUCACAGCUUGCUGAGGUUGAGGAGAAAAUAGACCAGUUACAUCAAGAACAAGCUUUUGCUGACUUCUAUAUGUUCUCAGAACUACUUAGUGACUACAUUCGUCUUAUUGCUGCAGUGAAAGGUGUCUUUGACCAUCGAAUGAAGUGCUGGCAGAAAUGGGAAGAUGCUCAAAUUACUUUGCUCAAAAAACGUGAAACUGAGGCAAAAAUGAUGGUUGCUAACAAACCAGAUAAAAUACAGCAAGCUAAGAAUGAAAUAAGAGAGUGGGAGGCCAAAGUACAACAAGGAGAAAGAGAUUUUGAACAGAUCUCUAAAACGAUUCGAAAAGAAGUGGGAAGAUUUGAGAAGGAACGAGUGAAAGAUUUUAAAACUGUUAUUAUCAAGUACUUAGAAUCAUUAGUACAAACACAACAACAGCUGAUAAAAUACUGGGAGGCAUUUCUACCUGAAGCCAAAGCCAUUGCCUAGCAAGAAGAUGAUUCCUGUUAAGACCUUGAAUGUUUGUUCUAAUUAUGCUGAAUUUCACAGUGAAAACAUUUAAAACCAUCUAAAUAAACCACUAUAUAUUUUAUGAAUUAAAUGUGGUUUUAUAUAUAUAUACUCUGACAUUUUAUUACAAGCUGCAUGUCCUGACCCUCUUUGAAUUAAGUGGACUGUGGCAUGACAUUCUGCAGUACUUUGCUGAAUUGAACACUAUUGUGUCUUAAAUACUUGCACUAAAAAGUGCACUGCAAGGCCAGAAAAUUUUACAAUAUUUUUUUUCUUUACAGUAUGUUCCUGUAGUGUUUGUCUGAUCCUUAUGAAGUGAAUUAUCAAUGCAUUGAUUAAUGUUCACUUAUACAUUCCUGUACAGAAAUUAUGAUUUUGUGAUUACAGUAAUAAAAUGAUAUUCCUUGUGAAGCUUUAGUAACAAAUUAUUUGGGUAUGUAAACAUUAGGGACCUGUUUAAAGCAUUUUUAAUAGUAAGAAUUUUUUUUUUCCUAGAUGUAUAUAGGUGAUGCUAUGAUUCCUUAAUUAUUUUAGUUGACAGAAAAAACUGACCUCUUAAAUUAUUAAAUAACUAAAUGAAGCUUAUGUUUUCUUAUGAAACUAUCAUAAACCAAAGGACAUUUGUCUCUUGUUUCAACUCUUGUGAAUGCUCUUGUCCUGGGUAAAGAAGAGAAUAAUUAUCUUUGCUUGUUUUUAUCUAUCCCUAUUAGAAGUGCCCAAUUUAAGAAUUCAGGGCAAAAAAAAAAAAUGUAUUUUUGUGUUUCUUUUUAAAGUCUCAUGGAUUUUGCUCAUCUUUAUUACCUUCAGACGCUAAGACUUUGCAUAUACUCAGUUUAUUCUUUGCUUUUUGUCUUUUGUUUGAAAGUAAAAGUAUACCAUCUGUGGUCAUAAUUGAUAGAAAAUGGUACCAUGCUAAAAUGCACUAUGAUUUGAUGAAUAACCAAAGAUAACCCAAAACAAAUUUGGAGUAAAAUGAAAUUUGUCUUUGGCAACUUUCUCACCUAUUCUGUAUCCUAUUUAGAUGGCUGUUAUCUAAACCUUAAUGCUGAUGAAGUUUAAGUUAUGCCUGGCAUCAAAGUUAUUUUAUAAAACAUAUUCUUAAAAUACCCCUCUUCUCAGGCAUAACAACCAUAUGUUCUUUCCAGAGGAACAAGGUAAUAUUUGUAACUGAGUCUGCUUCUUUAGCGACUUUUUGGAUACAGUUAAUAUCUUAGAGUAUCUUCAACAUGUGCUUGCUUCCACUGAUUUUAAUUAAAAUUUUAAGCCGCCUGUAGAUGUUACUCAUAUUUCUACUCCUAGCACCUAGCAGAGUCCCUGACACAUAAUAGAUUAAUAAUAAAGACUUGAUGAAUUGAAAA